AUGUAUCCAAUGCCUGGACCAUCUUAUCCGCCGCCACCAGGAAUGUAUCCGCCCGCAGGAGGAUAUCCUCCUCCUGGUGGAUACCCUCCGCCUGGUCCGCCUCCACCAGGUCCACCAUACGUGCCGCCAGGAGGAUAUCCGCCACCGGGAGGAUACCCGCCGCCGGGAGGAUAUCCGCCACCCCCAGUUGUGAUCCAUCAUGACGACCAUCACCAUCAUCAUCAUGAGGGGCCUAUCGAACAUCUUAUUCAUGAUAUCACUGGGCAACAUCAUCAUCAUCAUCACUAA